UUUCCCUCCUGUUCAUUCGCAGCAUUUUGGGUGAAACUGUGAGUAAGAACCUUACAUUCACACCACACAUUCUCUGGUUUCUUAGGAAAAGGACACACCUGCAAUUCACAGACAGCAGUGAGCACAGUGUCAGGAGCCUGUCCUUUGUCCCACUUCGCACCUGUGUUACUCCCUGCAGACAGAAAGGUAGUUCAGGGUGGGAAAGAACUCUGAAUAAAGUCAGAAUGGAAUGCUUUUCAGAGACAUGAGCAUCUGAUGAAAUAAUGGCAGUUUCUAUGAAACUGCAUGAUGCUGCACUCUCCUGUAUGUGACUGUUCAGGACCAGAAGCACCCUGCAGGUGUGGUAGAGUGGGGCCAUGCUGUGGUUGUGACUUGGCACCUCCAAACUAAGGCAGUACAGUGUGGAAUGGCUGCCUCUCCACUGAGCUCAGGGAGGCGGGAAGGCCUGCUUCUCCUGGUCCAGCUGGCUGUUUUGCUCCUGGGGUUCUGCAGCGGUCAGAACGUGUCCAAUGCCUGCUCAACCGGUCAGCUCACCCUGCGAUGGCUCAACAGCACUGGGCAGGUGCCUGCCCCAAGCGCCGACUCCAUCUUGGGGAUCCCCUCGAAUUUUGUCCAUUCCUUCCUCAACCUUGUCCAACCGAACCCUUUCCCAAAAGAACUGCUGAUCACAGUAAUACAAGAUCCCAAUUCUUUCACAAGCAAAGAUUCCAACACAAUACAAAAGGUGCUCAAGUACGAAACCGGCUUCCUGGUGUGCAUAGCGAUCGGGAUCCUCUAUAUCCUCUUCGUGCCCCUCGUCGGAUUUUGCUUCGCCUCCUGCCGUUGCUGUGGAAACUGUGGUGGCAGGAUGUACCAAAAACAGGACAAGAGCAUAAACUAUCAGCGCCGGGGGCUUUAUGGGGCAACAGUGGUGAUAACGGCCGUCAUACUGGCUGGGAACACCUGCAUGUUCUUCAGCAAUGACAGGUUUACAGUGAGUGUCAAUAACAGUCUGUGGUUCUUCAACAAUACCUUGGACAACCUGGAGACCUUUCUGAACAGUGUCCCUGAGCAAGUCUCCACAGUGGUGAAUGACAGCUCUGUGCCCUUGAAUAAAGUCAACAACAGCCUGGUUGACAUUGGGCCCUUGCUGGGGAGGAGCAUUCAGAGGGCCGUGGAGGGUCGCUUGAUCCCAGUGCUGCAUUCUGUCCUCAAUUUAUCCCAAGAGGUGAACGAUACCAGGGGCACUGUCGCACACCUGAACGCCACGCUGCCGUACCUCCAGAAGAGGCAGGAGGAGCUGCAGGCGAACCUGACCGAUCUGGCCUCACGCAUCCGGACAACCCUGCAGAAGAAAGAGUGUCUCAACUGCAGCAGGUUGGAGUCCACUGUGGAAAAGAUCAACAUUCAGAUGAACUUCAGUGGGACGUCUCAGCUGAAUGAGCUGCAGUCUGCCUUAAAGAGGGCUGCUGAGGCUGAUCUGAGCUCCACAAUAGAGAAGGCACAGCAGUUCCUGGGCAGUAUUCCCCAGAGAGUGGCCAACGAGAGCAGGAAUGUAGUGAGAGAUGUACAGAAACAGCUCCAAGAUGUUGAAAAUCAAGUUUCACAGGUCUCUUUAGAGAACCUGAAUCAACUGGUUCAAAUUUCUACAAACCUGCAGUCAGUGAAGAAUAAAGCUAACACCUACUUUCCAACUGUUUACAAGGCAGACAAAUACAGGUGGAUUGUGGGCCUGGUUCUGUGCUGUGUGGUUCUGUUGGUGGUGGUGUGUAACAUCCUGGGUCUCCUGCUUGGCCCGGCAGGGCUUCGUCCCGGGGUCGACCCCACCAAACGCUCAGGGACAGCCAACUGUGGGGGCAUCUUCUUCAUGAUUGGUGUUGGAUUCAGUUUCCUCUUCUCCUGGCUGUUCAUGCUGCUGGUUCUCAUCCUUUUCCUGCUGGGAGGCAACGUCUACACGCUGGUGUGUAAGCCUUGGCAGAGCCAGGAGCUUCUCCAGGUAAUCGACACACCUAACCUGAUCCCAGGAUUCAACCUGUCAGAAGCACUACAACUGAAGACCAACCUGAAUAUAUCACAGGUGUACAAGGACUGUAAGAACAACAUGCCCCUGUGGACCACACUACACCUGAAACAGGUAAUCAAUCUGGACCUUCUGAACAUCUCCAAGUACCGUGCAGAAAUUGAGGAAAGCUUUGGAAAGACCAGCUUCACUCCUCCACAGAUCACCCUGCUGGGCUCGGACUCCCGCAGGCAGCUGGAGGAGUUUUCCAAUAUGUCAAAGGCCAUCAACCUCACCAACCUUACACAGCAGAUUAAUUACUUCUCCAUUGAGGAUCUGAACUCUACGGCACAAGAUUUGGACAGCCUAGCCAACACAAUGGCCAAUCCAGGAGUGAAGAAUGAGCUUCUCUCAGAGGCAGCCGCACUGCGGAGGCUGAGUGCUUGGACACUGAUCCAGAUCAUGCUGGAACUGUCAGAUCUGAACUACACUGUCCAGCAGUUAAGCGUCACCACUUCACAGAUUCCCGGAGUGGUCAAUAAUGUCCUGGUACAGGUUGAUGAGGCUCAAAACUUCAUAAAUACCAACACUUCAGAAAUCGCCAAGACAGAAAGUGAAAAAUUCCUGGAUUGUCAGAUGGGAUACUUUGAGACAUACACAGACUGGGCCCGACAAACAAUCACUCAGGACGUGGGUCGUUGUGGACCUGUGGCUGGUGCUGUGGACACAGCGGAGGACUUGAUCUGUGCUUACCUAGUGGACUGUCUGAAUGCCUUCUGGUUCAGCAUGGGAUGGUGCAUGGCCUUCCUCAUUCCCAGCAUCAUUCUGUCAGUCAAGCUGGCCAAGUUCUACAGGAGGAUGAAGAGCACAGAUGUCUAUGAGAAUCACAUAAAUAUGACACACAUCUCACCAUAUCCCGAUCCAUGGGUGGAUGUGAAGAGAUAGUGUUGGGGAACAAGCAGUGACAGAGGGCAGACAUCAUCUUGGAUCCCCAGGAGCUAACCCCCACCAUCACCUUCCUAUGUAGACACUCACAGGUUUCAUCAAGUAUAACAUCUGCCUUCCUACACCAACAGCAGUGGGGCAGCAGUGUGGAGUCAGGGCUCCCAGCAUUUAACUGGAGGAUUGUGGGUUCAAGUCCAGGUGGGACACUGCUUUUGUACCCUUGACCAAGGUACUUUCUGCAGAGAAAUGACUUGCUGUAUAAAUUGGUAUUAAUGCAAGUUGCUUUGUAAAUGUAGAACUGUCCACUGAAUACUUCAGUAAUGUUAAAAGAAACUACAGCUCAGGAAUGUCGCUGCUUGUGUGAUGGAUGUCUCAUUUCAAAUCCUCCCUGCCUCUGCUUGGCAACAUAAUAUACAGUGUUUUUUUUCACUUUCCACUCCACGGUCAGGAAUUGAGAGUGAAGAGAGCUGAACCUGAUUCCCCCUCUCCUUGUGAACGUGCCUGUGUCACAUCAGUGCGACAGCACAGUGUCUCUGGUUUCACUGGCGCAUGGCUCGCUACUGUUGUGUGCUUCUCAUUUGCUUGUAUUUAUCCCAACCUACAUGUGUUGAUCCUUGUGAGUGUGUGAGGAUCUCUUUUGUGAAAAUACUGCAUAUAUUACACAGUCCUCGAAUACAGUACAUAGACCAAAGAGCCCUAUAAAACCAUUUUGGUGUCUUGUCAUAUGCUAGAUGUCUGUAAGUAAAGAGUAAAGUGCAGUAUUUGACAGAUUGAUGCGUGGCUCCGUAUUGUAACAAAACUGUGAUGAAAGAGCAUGAAACUGAUUUUUUAUGACAGGAGCAGUGGAAAACCCCAACUCCCCAAUCAACAUUACGUUCAUUGCCAACUUCAUUGGCAGCAGGGAUGUAAUACUUAGAAAGCUGCAUUGCACUUUGAGAAAAGAAAAUGAUCUUUGUUACAGGAAACGAAGUUUGGAUACGCUUCUGUUUUGGAGUGCCUCAAAAAGCAGGGCUGUUACACGCAGUCUUUUCUGCAUCCUGGGCGUCUGGCCCCCCAUUCAGACUGAUCCGGUUCUGUGAUUAAUAUUCACACCUUGCCUGGGCCGUGGGCUUGCAGGCUGCGGUGAACUGUCCCCUGAGGUUCUGUACCUGAAAGACUGGCCACACAGGGUCAUCGAAAGAUAAACAGGCUUCAGUGGAAUAACAGUACAAGAACAGGUCUAGAUAAAGCUAGAUCUCAAGAUGGACACCAGGUUAAAACAAGAAUGUAUUUAUUGAGUGUUAAAAUAUUUGCUGAACCAAUCUUCGUUCUUAGCUACUGUAAGGCAGCAUGACAAUGUAAUAGUCUCCUGCAAAAAAACAAUCAAUUUAAUAAUUAAUAGUAAUUGCUUACACUUAUAUAGCGCUUUUCUGGACACUCCAC